AUGCGUCUUGCCAGUAUAAUACCACCCAUCACUACGUCACGCCCUCCAGCUGAACCGAGACACUGGACAUCCCUGCCAUCACAUGAAGGGAAACAUUUCUUCCAUAUCCCAGUCAUGAAUCAUCGCCUCAGACUCACGACCUCGUUGGACUCAUGCCCUGGUCCAAGUUCCCAGGGCAUAUCAACAGCCCUGGAAACCAUGCACGAGGAGUCGGAGUCUGUCCACUCCGGGCACCGGUCACCAAUGUCCGGUGGUACCGCCCCCAGCGCUUUCGAGGACGACCGCGGUCGACGUCGAAGCUCCACUUUCUCAGUGUACAGCUUGAACGAAGCCGGGCGUGGCCUUCACGAUGAGAUUCUCGAUCCAGGGCCGUUUAUACACCGAAGCGAGGUAUCAUGGGGAGCGACACUUCCCUUAGUAUUUGCCCUCCUCCCGGCACUGGUCGGGCUAGUCUUCAAAAACGGCAGCUCGGUUAUCACCGACCUCAUUUUGUUGGGGCUGGCGGCCGUCUUUUUGCACUGGUCGGUAACGGUGCCGUGGAAGUGGUAUCAUGCGUCACAGCAGGUUCGGGAGGAGGAGGGGUCGGUUGUGGAGAGUGCUUUUCAGGACGACAGCGGGAGCGAUGAUGCUGUCAGCCCUCGGCAACAAAACCCCGGGCCGGAUGAACAACAGCCAUCACAGCCAGAUCCCCAGACCAGCAAGAUGGACCGCCGCGCCAAAACCGCCAGCCAAGCCCUCACGCUGCUCGGUCUUCUGGAGUGUGCCGCUUUGUUGGCUUGCUUUGUCGCCCCCGGGUUGGCGGCUUGGAUGCUCCACCACGGCCGGAACCAUUUGUCGCGAGGCUCGGAGGGGUUGGUGUCAAACUUUAACCUUGUCAUCUUUUUUAUUGCGGCGGAGAUAUCGCCCGUGUCACACUUUAUGAAGCUUAUCCAGGCCCAGACGCUCCACCUCCAGAGACUGGUCCACAGCAACUCCAACCCCUACCGGCAGGAAAAAGUCACGAUGAAUCAAUGGAGGGAGUUGAUUGCGAGGUUGGAUGAACUCGAAACACGGGGACUGACCAAUGCUCCGUCACCAGUGGAGGCAGACACGAGGCGGGUGCAUGCCAGUCUUGUCAGGGAGGUGAGGAAUCAGAUACAGCCUGAUAUUGAUGCGUUGAAUAGAGCGGUUAGGAGGUAUGAGAAGAAGGCUAGGGUCCUGGCGGUGCACACGGAGGGGAAGUUGAGGGAUCUGAGGCAGAGGGUGGAUGAUGCUAUUAGCUUGAGUGCUGUUGUUGCAGGGAGGGGGCGGAAGGGGACGGAGUGGGAUUUGGUGGGGUGGUGUUUGGGGGGGGCGGUUUGGGUUUUGAUGUUGCCUGUCAGGGAGGUGAUUAGGGGGUUGGCAAAGGUGUUGGCGGGUGUGGGGUGGUUGAUGGGGAUUAAAGAGGAGGGGGGGGAUGAAGUCAUGAGGGGGAAGAAGAAGGGGGAGAUGGAUGGAUCAGAGGUAAAAGGGAAAGGAAUGGGGAGGGAGACGAGGAGGAGCGGGAAUGCAAGUGGGAGUGGUGCUAGUGGGGGGAAUGGCGAGAUGGAUGGAUCAGUGGUAAAAGGGAAAGGGGUGGAGAAGUGGAUGAGUGGUAGUAGGAGUGGAAGCGGGAGUGGUGCCAGUGGGGGUAGGGGGUAUCUUGGACGGAGGAUGUGA